AUGUCUCGGGAGUACGACUACCCACCUCCGAGAUACUCGGAGACGGCUCGGGGAGGGGGCAGGGACUCGUAUGACCGGCCCCGUCGCCGCAACUCAUUCGACGACCAUAGGCCCCGCUACGACGACCACCCAAGAGACCGUCGUUCCAGCCCCAGGGAUUACGGCUAUGACAACAGGGAUCGGGACCGUGACCGCGAGAGAGAUCGCCCUCGGUACUCGGACCGGGACCGGGACCGGGACCGGGACCACGACCGCGACCGCGACCGCGACAGGCCACGCUACUCUGAUCGUGACCGCGACGCCAGAUACCACAACUCGGAUCGCGACUACAAUUCGGACCGCUAUCGCGACUCGGCAGGCCGCGGCGGAGGAGGCGACCGCUAUGACCGCGACCGCGGAGACCGAGACCGUUACCCCCCUCGGGCCGGUGGGGGUCCGGACCUGCGCCGCUCGGCGACCACGCGCGAAAAGGGCCGUGGGAGCGACGCGGCCGCAUACGGAGCGGCGGGCGGUGCAGCAGCAGCGGCGGCGGGAGCGAGGCCUGGUCUGAACCGCAGCAAAACCACCAAGGAUAUCACGGAGGCGCUGAGCAAGCUGCCAUGGAAGCAGGUCGGCAUGGCGGCUUUUGAAGCGGGCGCCAUGGCGGCGGCGAGCCAGCGCGGGCAGUGGAACGCGGCCAAGGCGGGCAAGGUCGCCACGUCGGCGCUCGGGGCUGGCUUCAUGGCCGGCGUCAACAACAAGAACGGAGGUGGCGGUAGCGGAAAGAAGAGUGGCGGCGGCGGCGGUAGCGCCGGCAAGAAUGCGCUAAUGGGCCUUGCUGGCGAGCAGUUGCUGAAGCAACUACCGCCGCGCAAUGCCAUACUUCACCUGCCACGGUCUACCCUAGGCUCCGGCCGCUAUGACAGGAUACCGCAGGCCCGCAGCAGCAGCAGCCACCACAGCAGCGCGCCCAUGACGGACCUCGAGCAGCGCAUCGCCGCCAUCCCCAUCGAGCGCUACCGCAACUUUUGCGUCAUCGCCCACGUCGACCACGGCAAGAGCACCCUCAGCGAUCGUCUGCUCGAGCUCACGGGCACCAUCUCGGCCAGCGAUGAGAACAAACAGAUUCUCGACAAGCUCGACGUCGAGCGAGAGCGCGGCAUCACCGUCAAGGCCCAGACCUGCACCAUGCUGUACCGCUACCGUGGCGAGGACUACCUGCUGCACCUCGUCGACACCCCGGGCCACGUCGACUUUAGGGCCGAGGUCACGCGCUCCUACGCCAGCUGCGGCGGCGCCCUGCUCCUCGUUGACGCCUCCCAGGGCGUGCAGGCACAGACGGUCGCCAACUUCUACCUGGCUUUUGCCGAGGGCCUGACCUUGGUCCCCGUCGUCAACAAAAUCGACCUGCCCACUGCGGAUCCGGAAAGGGCCCUGAAGCAGCUGCGGGACACGUUCGAGCUCGACGUCGCUGAAGAUGGGACAGGUGCCGUCCUGGUAAGUGCCAAGGCUGGGACCAACGUCGAAAAGGUGCUGCCGGCCGUCAUCGAGCAGAUUCCCCACCCGACUGGAGACCCGGAUGCGCCAUUGCGCCUGCUGCUCGUGGACUCGUGGUACGAUACCUUCAGAGGCGUCGUGCUCCUGGUACGCAUCUUCAACGGCACCGUGAGGCCGGGCGACAACGUCGUAUCUCUAGCCACGGGGAACCGCUACACGGUCGGUGAGGUGGGGAUCCAGUACCCGCACCCGACGCCGCAGACGGCCCUCCGCCCGGGCCAGGUCGGCUACCUUUCGUUCAGCCCCGGCAUGAAGCGGAUCCAGGACGCCAAGAUCGGCGACACUUUUACGUUCCAGGGCAGCGAGGGCGUCGUGGAGCCGUACCCAGGCUUCGAGGAGCCCAAGCCCAUGGUGUUUGUGGCGGCGUUCCCCACGGACCAGUCGGACUACCAGCGGCUCGCCGACAGCAUCACGCAGCUGACGCUCAACGACCGCAGCGUGACGCUGCAGAAGGACUUCUCCGAGGCCCUCGGCGCGGGCUGGCGCCUGGGCUUCCUGGGCUCCCUGCACUGCUCAGUCUUCCAGGACAGGCUGCGACAGGAGCACGGCGCAAGCAUCAUGCUGACGGAGCCCGCCGUGCCGACCAAGGUGCAGUGGAGGGACGGCAAGUCGACCAUCAUCACCAACCCGACCCAAUUCCCGGACAUGUCGGAGCACCACGGCAAGAUCGAGGGCUUCUACGAGCCCUUUGUCGCGGCCACCAUCGCCGUGCCCGAGGAGUACCUGGGCCGCAUCAUCAAGCUGUGCGAGGACAGCCGCGGCGAGCAGGAGAGCAUCGAGUUCUUUGGCGCGCAGCAGGUCAUUGUCAAGUACGCCCUGCCCUCCAUGGCCCUGGUCGACGACCUCUUUGGCAAGCUCAAGGGCGCCAGCAGGGGUUAUGCGACGCUCGACUACGAGGACGCCGGCUGGCGGAGGAGCGACCUCGUCAAGCUCAACCUGUUGGUCAACAAGGUCCCCGUCGACGCCAUCUGCCGCGUUGUGCACACGAGCCAGGUCGAGAGGCUGGGGAGGAAGUGGGUCACCAAGUUCAAGGAGCACGUCGAUCGGCAAAUGUUUGAGGUCGUCAUCCAAGCGGCGGUCGGCAAACGCAUCAUCGCCCGAGAGACCAUCAAACCCUUCCGCAAGGACGUCACAGCCAAGCUGCACGCCGCCGACCCAAGCCGUCGCCGCAAGCUGCUCGAGAAGCAAAAGGAGGGCAGGAAGAAGCUUCGGGCCAUUGGCAACGUCACCAUCGAGCACUCGUCUUUCCAAAAGUUUCUCGAGAGGUGA